AUGAUGAAGUCGAGUGAAGUAGACGUGGUCAAGAUGAUCGAUGCCAAUAAAAUGCGGAAGGAAAAAAAGUUGUCGGUAAGUUCUAUUAGUAGUAGUCCGGCAUCGGACUUAAAACCUCGGGUGGUGACUGUCAAGCAGCACGACUCAAAAAAGCUUUACACGCCGACUGCUAAAAAGGAAAAUACAAAAAAAAUUGUUCAAGAUGCAACAAAGGAAAUUCAGAACUGCAAUGAUAGUUCUGAAUGGCGCCUAGAUUUGAGUAAAUCCGGUUUGACUAAAGUGCCAAUAACUAUUAGAGAUGCCACACAAUUGACUGAAUUGUAUUUGUACGGUAAUAAAUUGGUCACUUUACCAUCAGAAAUUGGGUGUCUGACUAACUUACAGACACUAGCACUCAGUGAAAACUCUCUAACUUGUCUACCGGAUUCGCUAGCUAAUCUUACUAGUCUUAAAGUCUUAGACCUAAGGCACAACAAACUUACUGAAGUGCCAGAUGUUGUCUAUAAGCUUGAUACGCUAACUACACUGUUUUUGCGUUUUAAUCGUAUACGUACAGUGAGUGAUGACAUUAGUAAAUUAGUCAACCUAGUCAUGCUCAGUUUACGAGAGAAUAAAAUCAAAGAACUUUCAUCUGGUAUCGGUAAACUGGACAAAGUAGUUACAUUUGAUGUGUCACAUAAUCAUUUGGAACAUUUGCCAGAAGAGAUUGGAAAUUGUAUACAAUUGUCUACACUAGAUCUUCAACAUAAUGAACUUGUCGACAUUCCUGAGACCAUUGGAAAUCUUACACUUCUAACACGUUUAGGGUUACGAUAUAACAGAUUGAAAAAUUUACCGAAUUCAUUGAGUAAUUGUAAUCGAAUGGAUGAAUUUAAUGUAGAAGGUAACAUGCUUAGUUGUUUGCCUGAUGGCCUACUUGUUAACUUAAAAGAAAUGAACAGUAUAACACUAGCUAGAAAUAGUUUCACAGCAUAUCCUACUGGAGGGCCUGCCCAAUUUAUUGCUGUAGACUCAAUUAAUUUUGAACAUAACAAAAUUGAUAAAAUACCCUAUGGAAUAUUUUCCAAAGCUAAUUACCUAACAAAACUUAAUAUGAAAGAUAAUGCCUUGACAUCACUGCCAUUAGAUGUUGGUUCUUGGACCAAUAUGGUUGAGCUGAAUGUUGCAACAAACAUGAUUACCAAAUUGCCCGAUGACAUACAAUAUCUACAAUCCCUAGAGGUGUUGAUCUUGUCCAACAAUCUAUUGAAAAGACUGCCAGGUACUAUAGGAAAUCUUCAAAAACUCAGAGUGCUUGAUCUUGAAGAAAACAAACUAGAAACAUUACCUCAGGAAAUUGGUUAUUUGCGAGAGCUGCAAAAAUUAAUUUUACAAUCCAACCAAUUGCUAUCUUUACCACGGGCGAUUGGUCAUCUCACAAAUCUGGCAUACCUUAGUGUUGGUGAAAAUAAGCUUAGUACAUUACCAGAAGAAAUCGGUACCCUGGAAAAUUUGGAGGCACUUUACAUUAAUGACAACCAGAGCCUUCAUCAUUUGCCAUUCGAACUUGCCUUAUGUUCCAAGUUGCAGUUGUUGGGAAUAGAAAAUUGUCCAUUGAGUCAACUUGGCGAUGCAGUCAAAGGUGGUCCAUCUUUAGUAAUGACUUAUCUCAAGGUAAAUGGCCCAUACCGUACUCUAUGA